AUGGACAGAUUGUCGUGGUUGAGAGGUGCCGAAUGGGCGGGCGGUGGUAUUCAGGUCAUCGGAGCACGGCGAAUGCUCAGCUCGCAGGUCGUCGAGGAUGCACCCAAGGCAGAGAUGAACGGGCAUGCGAAUGGCAGCAUCCAUGCCCACACCGACACGAGAAGCUCACGGAGCAGGCGGAAGGCGAAGUCGACGUGGACAGCAUGGGUGAUUGAUAAGGGCGCAAAGGCUCUGGUGUGGUACACAGUCGGCACAGUCCUGUUGAGCUGUCCCACCAAGCAGGCAGACCUGAACGACACGACGCCGCACAUCUGCAAACCAUACCUGCAAACGCGAGAUUUCCUCACUCCCUACGCCCAGCCGUACUACCACCAAUAUCUACAGCCGUACGUGCAAAAGACUCAGCCAUACGUCGACCAGUUCAACGAGAAGGUAUAUACGCCCGGUGCAGCAGCGUAUCAGAAAUAUGGCGCCGCGCAGGUCGCCACGGUGCAGAAGAUCGGCCAGCAGCAGUGGCAGAAGACCAUUAAGCCAAGUCUUGAGCUUGUGCAAAAGCAAGCUGGCGAGCAGUACGAGAGCACUCUGGCCCCACACGUCAAGAAGGCCCAGGAUAUAGUACAGCCGUACUACGAUGGAAUUGUAACAUCGGCAAGCGACAUCUGGCAACUCGAAUUGGAACCUGUCUACCGCAAGUCCGCUCCUGUUGCUCAGAAAGUCUACGCUCAAGCCCAAGCUUUUGUGCUGAACACUGCUUUGCCCCAGGCACAGUACGUGGGAAACAUCACCUGGACACUCUGGACUCGUCAGGUAUGGCCCAAAUUGCGCAUCCUCUACGGAGAAAACGUUGAGCCCCAGCUCCUCCGCAUCACCCAGCGCCUCGGCAGAUACAAGGAUGGCAAGAAGCUCGAGGCUGACAUCAAGAGCUCCGAGAGCAGCUCUAAGCUGGGAGUUGCCUCAUCGAGUGCGGAGUCCAUUACCUCCUCAAUCGUAUCGACUGUCGGCGAAGCAACCGCCAGUUCGUCAUCCGCUGCCAGCGCCGCCGCCUCGAAAGAUCCCAAGCCGACCCCGGAGCCUGCCGUUCAGUUCCAAGAAGAUCUCAAGAGCUGGGAGCGCAUCUGCGCCAAGGCGGUCGAUGAGGGUGCUGAAGACCUCAGAGAACGCAUCAAGGACAUCACUGCCCACCAGGUCAGCGCUGCAGAAGGUGUCGGUACUGCUCUUGUCACACAACUUCAAGAGACUACUGAACGCGCCUUGAACAACAUCAAGGCUCGCAUUCGGCAGAUCGUCAGAGAUCUGCCAAAGGACGCCGACCAGGCACGUUUGGACGCGGCGAAUGGGCAGCUCGUCAUUUCAGUGCGAGCUGCUGGCUCGACCAUCAAGCAGCGUGCUCAAGCUGUUCGCGACUGGCACCAAACCUCGCAAGCCGAGACUGAGAACCUCGUCCAGAAGGCUCUGCAAUCUACCUUGGAGACAAUAGACAGCAUUCGCGAACUUCGCCUGACUGAGAUUGGCCGCAAGUAUGCUUCGACUUCGCUCCCACAUAAGGAGUGGAGCAAGUACAACGACAUCAAGAAGUCCACUCAGACGUGGAGAAACGACGUCGAAAAGGCCGCACGAGACCACGCUGGCAUUGCCGAGGCUCAAGCUGCCAGCGACAAGAUCGAACACAAUGCCAUGGUAAUUGCUGAAGACGCGGCUAAAGAGCUCGGCCGUCUGAAGGAGGUUGGCAAAUGGAAGAUUGCAGCGGAUGAUGCCAGCGAUGACUUCACAACAAAAACCAUACCACCACCAGUGCGGAAAGCUCAAGAGGCAAUCAUUGAGAAGGUCGCAGAAGCUUCUGAAGCUGUAUUCGGCACGGAGCAAGGGAACGUUGAGAGUGCCACUUCGGUCGUCGCGGAGAAGGCCUCUGAAGCAGCAUCAAGCCUCUCCGAGAAGGUCAUCGGCUCUUCCACCGGGUCUAUGGAGAGCGCCGCGAGCAAGGCCUCCAAUUCAGCCACGAGCAUCGCAUCUGAAGCUUCCAAAUCUGCAUCUGAUGCAGCUUCUUCAGCUUCCAGCGUGGUCUAUGGCGAGUCCAGCGUGUCUGACACUCUCAAGGAAGCGGCCUCAUCGGCCUCGAGCGCCAUCAUUGGAGAGUCCAGUCUAACCGACACCAUCAGAGCCGCCGCCUCGUCAGCAUCGAGCGUGGUUGCUGGCGAGUCAAGUCUGGCUGACACCGUUGGGGCAGCUGCGUCAUCGGCGUCGAGCGCCGUUGUUGGCGAGUCAAGCUCCACCGUAGCGGGGACCAAACCCAAACUCUCUAGCGUUCUUGAGGCUCAAAAGUCUGCUGCAAGCGACGCGUCGAAGAGCGCGUCGUCCGUCGCCAGUGACGCCUCUUCAGCUGCUGCCUCUGUCUACAGUGGCCUGCCAGAUGCUGAGGAUGUCGCCGGUGCCGCUGGCGACGCUGCUCAAAAGCCAAUCCAAGCGGGAAAGAAGGUCUGGGGAGGUGCAAAUGCGGAAGUCAUUGUCGAAGCUCGAGACCCAAUUCUUGACGAUGAUGUCGUCGACACGGGCGCUGUCUUCAGUGAGAGCAUCCAGCAGAUCAUCAACGCCGCGGGCGAAAAGGGCAAUCAAUUGACCGAAGCUAUUCAAGAGGCAAUCAGCCGCGCCACCGCGACCCCAACCCAGGGCGCUGUUGGCACUGUGACAAGUCUCGCUUCUGAGCAGUACGAGAGCGCUCUUUCUGCAGCGAGCAGUGUCAUGUUCGGAUCACAGAACGUGUCAGAGCAAGGCCUCACUCGUGCUGCCAAGGAGCAGUAUCUAUCUGCUGUCACUGCCGCUUCAUAUGCCAUCUACGGAACCCCGGUCACAGCAGCACCAUUCGCAGCCGCUAGCUCGGCCUACGAGAGUGCCCUCAGUGCCGCCUCUGAGCAAUUUGAGGCUGUGAAAUCUCGUGUGUCUGUGCAAAUCGCUGGUACGCCCAAGCCAGUCCAUCAAGAGAUGCUGGCCUCCGCUCAAUCAGCUUAUUCUGCUGCGCUUUCUGCCGCCAGCGUCACAUUCUAUUCUGCGCUUGGCACAUCUGCACCACUUGCUGCGGCCAAUUCGGCCUAUGACAGUGCCAUCAGCGCAGCUUCCGAGCAGUACGAAGCCGUCAAGUCCCAAGUAUCAGUGCAGGUCUCUGGUACUCCCAAGCCCGCCCACGAAAAGCUGCUGUCUUCAGCCCAGUCAGCUUAUUCUGAUGCGAUGUCAGCUGCAAGUGCUCAGUACACCUCUGCUUUCGGAAGCCAAGCACAGAACUAUCUUGCACAGAUCUCUGCUCUUGCUUCAUCUCGUCUUGCUGAUGGUGUCGGCGCCGCACAGGAGCAGUACAAGAACGCCAAGAUCGCAGUUGGCGCGGAACCAACCCCAGUCCACCAGCAGUAUCUGGCCUCUGCUCAAUCAGCAUAUUACCAGGCGCUCGGCAUGGCCCAUGGACGCUAUUCGGAAUUUGUCGAGGCAGCGUCGAGCGCAGUCAUGCCAACUCCUACGCCUACCGGCUACCAGGCAAGCAUUGAUUCGGCUUUGAGCGCAGCCAGAAGCGCUUACAGCGCUUACACCAAAGACGCCUACUCGAGAUACAGUGUGCUGCAGUCCAUGGCCACUUCGGCUGCGUCUGAACGAGGUCUUGCUGGAGGACCAAAGACUGUGGACAAGAACGUGCUCGACAGUCUCGAGGAACAGAUUGUGGAUUCUGUCGGCGAGGCCAAGAGCAAGCUGUCAGCUGCGAGUGCAUCUGUCAGCUCUCUAUAUCAUGACAAGGUGGCUACUGAGACGCAGAAACCACUCACUGACCAAGCAGCUGAGAACUGGAACAUCUUGAUUGCCAAGGCAAGCGAGCAAGUCUAUGGUGCUCCACCGCCUUUCACGGCUCAAGCAUACAGCCGUGCCAGCGAAGGCUAUGCUCAGGCAACGGAGGUUGCAAACGUGGCUGCUGCUGCCGCUGCCGCCCAGUACGAUCAAGUUCAGGCACUUGUCUCUGAAUUGGUAUACGGCAAAGAGGCAGACUACACCGCCAGUGUCUACAGCAGAUUGCAGUCGGCCUAUUCGACAGGCAUGCCUGCUGUAGCUUCGCAGGCCAGCAGUUACAUGAGCGAGAGCUACGAGUCCAUCGUCUCUGCGGUCUCUGCUGUGUUCGUCCCACCCACAGAGGUCCCAACUAUUCUGGAACAAGUCCAAUCACAGCUUAACGCAGCUGUUGAUGCAGCAAGCGCUCAAUUCUAUGGCACUGAGAAGGGUUACUUCGAGCAAGCCACCGAAGCCGCUGCGUCAGUGUACUCCGAUGCGUCCUCCGCCGCCUCCGAAGCCAUAUAUGGGAAAGAGACGAAUUAUUACGAGGCCGCACAAGCGACCGUUGUGGAAAUUGGUGCCUCCGCAAGCUCGGCCAUCUCACGUGCGCUGUACGGACCUCCACCACCGACUACUGAAGCUGCUGCCUCGGCUGCCGCUUCAGUAUACAGCAGCAUGUCGUCUGUGGCUGCAGACCGAGCCUCUUCUGCAAGUGCCGCAGUGAGCCGUGCCGUCUACGGCGAAGAGCAGACAUAUCUUGAAGGCGUGCAAGCUCAGCUACAAUCCGCCAUGGCAAGCGCCAGCAGCCGUAUCUCCGAGUUCGGUGUGGACGCCCGCAAAGCUGCGCAAGAAGCUGCUAAGACUGUCUCAUCUGUCGUUUCUGAUGCUACUGGCCGCGUUAGGGAUGAGUUGUAGAUGAGAGGAAGAUGAUGCGAGGGAAUGGGAAGAAGAUUUUGCAGAGGAAAGCUAGAUUGAAGAAGAAGGAAAGAGGGGAGAGGUUCGCGCCAACAAAGGCAGGGCAGGGCAGGGCAUUAGAACGGGACCUGUUCGCGAGGAAGCAUAUGUGCAUGUGUGUAUGUGUAUACGAACUCUUUUUUUUGUUCUUUGACGGCACGGCAGGCGCAGGCGCGCAUGAUAUCCCACUACGUUUUGUCAGACGAUACGAUACUGCUACUAGGUAUAUAUCAAUCAUAGCAUAGUUAGGUCUAGGGAAGAUGUAUUUUUUUUUUG